AUGUCUUCCUAUGACUUGUGUUCUCCCACCCCCUGUGGCCCAACCCCGCUGGCAAAUAGCUGCAAUGAGCCUUGCGUCAGGCAGUGCCAGGACUCGACAUAUGUGAUCCAGCCCUCCCCUGUGGUGGUGACCCUGCCCGGACCCAUCCUCAGCUCCUUCCCCCAGAACACUGCUGUGGGAUCCACCACCUCUGCAGCUGUGGGCAGCACCCUCAGCUCUGAGGGAGUGCCCAUCUCCUCCGGGGGCUCCUUGGGAUUUGGGAGCUUUGGCUACCCAGGCCUGGGCAGUGGGUACAGCCGGCCCUACCGUCGCUACAACACCUACCGCAGUGGUUUUGUUGGAGGCUACUUCUUCAUGUUGACUAGUAAAAAGGAUUUGGCUGAUGACCUUUACGCCAAGAAGUCAUUUUACAGCCAGGAAACUUUGGAAACAUUGUAUAUAUAA